GCUGCUGCUUGAGCGUUGCUCAUUGCUCCAGGUCCCGCAGGCGUGGACCCCCCCCCCCCCCCAAACCAUCGGCUGAGCCCAGCCCUUUCGCGUUCUGGUGGGCGACCCCCUACGGGUUUCCUCCCGUCUAGCGAGGGCGGAGAGCGAAGGCAGGAAGAAGUUUUAGGCCGAGACCGGUCAGCCUGGUCCGGUGAGACGCGCCCAUCAUUCACCAUCCGGGGCGCGCGCGAUCCUCUCGGGAUCCCGCCGGCGACCCGUAGCUCGGGCACGCGCCUGUCGCAGCCCUCGGGAAGGAGGGGUCCGGCCUGAGGCCCGGGGCGGCGGCCGCCAUGGAGUUCUCCUGGGCCCUGGGCGGGGGCCUGGAGCCUUGGGGGCGGCCCUGACCACCCUCCUCCCUGUCCGGGCCGGGUGGCAGACGUGCCCCCCGUGGCAUCCGGCCGCCUCCGCCUCUCCGCCCUCCUUCGGCCGCGCUGCUGCCUGGGCGCGGCGGCGGCGGCGGCGGCGGCGCCCUGUUGAAUGGGCUGUGAGGGCCCCGAUUGGAAGCUCUGGCGAACGCGGCCUCCGGGGGCGCAAGGCAGCAGCAGCGGUGGCGACCAAACGGGUGCUGGAGUUGGCGGCGGCCAUGGAGGGCCUGGCUGGCUAUGUAUACAAGGCGGCCAGUGAGGGCAAGGUGCUGACUCUGGCCGCCUUGCUCCUCAACCGGUCUGAAAGCGAUAUCCGCUAUCUGCUGGGCUAUGUUAGCCAGCAGGGAGGGCAGCGCUCCACGCCCCUCAUCAUCGCAGCGCGCAAUGGGCACGCCAAGGUGGUGCGCUUGCUGUUAGAACAUUACCGGGUGCAGACUCAGCAGACUGGCACCGUCCGCUUCGAUGGGUAUGUCAUUGAUGGUGCCACUGCUCUUUGGUGUGCAGCAGGAGCAGGACAUUUUGAAGUUGUUAAGCUUCUAGUGAGUCACGGAGCCAACGUGAACCAUACCACAGUAACGAACUCCACUCCACUGAGGGCAGCAUGCUUUGAUGGCAGACUGGACAUUGUUAAGUACUUGGUUGAGAAUAAUGCCAACAUCAGCAUUGCCAACAAGUAUGACAACACCUGCCUAAUGAUCGCUGCAUAUAAGGGGCACACUGAUGUGGUCCGCUACCUUCUAGAACAGCGUGCUGACCCUAAUGCGAGAGCACAUUGUGGAGCCACAGCACUGCACUUUGCAGCUGAAGCUGGGCAUAUAGAUAUUGUGAAAGAGCUGAUAAAAUGGCGCGCCGCUAUAGUGGUAAAUGGCCAUGGGAUGACUCCGUUAAAAGUAGCUGCCGAAAGCUGUAAAGCUGAUGUUGUUGAGCUGUUGCUCUCUCACGCUGACUGUGACCGAAGAAGCCGGAUUGAAGCUUUGGAACUCUUGGGUGCCUCCUUUGCAAAUGACCGUGAGAACUAUGACAUCAUGAAGACAUAUCACUAUUUAUAUUUAGCCAUGCUGGAGCGGUUUCAGGAUGGUGACAGUGUUCUUGAAAAAGAGGUUCUACCACCAAUCCAUGCUUAUGGGAACAGAACUGAAUGUAGAAAUCCUCAGGAACUGGAAUCCAUUCGACAAGACAGAGAUGCUCUUCAUAUGGAAGGCCUUAUAGUUCGGGAACGAAUUUUAGGUGCUGACAAUAUUGAUGUGUCUCACCCCAUCAUUUACAGGGGGGCUGUCUAUGCAGAUAAUAUGGAAUUUGAACAGUGUAUCAAGUUGUGGCUUCAUGCUCUGCACCUUAGGCAGAAAGGUAACAGGAAUACCCACAAGGAUCUCCUUCGAUUUGCUCAAGUUUUCUCACAGAUGAUCCACUUGAAUGAGACUGUGAAGGCUCCAGACAUAGAAUGUGUUCUGAGAUGCAGUGUUUUAGAAAUAGAACAAAGUAUGAAUAGAGUAAAAAAUAUUUCAGAUGCUGAUGUCCACAAUGCCAUGGACAAUUAUGAAUGUAAUCUCUAUACUUUUCUGUACUUAGUAUGCAUCUCCACCAAAACACAGUGCAGUGAGGAAGAUCAGUGCAAAAUUAACAAGCAGAUCUACAACCUGAUUCACCUGGAUCCCAGAACCCGGGAAGGCUUCACCUUGCUGCAUCUUGCUGUCAACUCAAAUACACCAGUUGACGAUUUCCACACUAACGAUGUGUGCAGCUUUCCAAAUGCACUGGUCACAAAGCUCCUGCUGGACUGUGGUGCAGAAGUGAACGCUGUGGACAACGAGGGGAACAGCGCCCUUCACAUUAUCGUUCAGUACAACAGGCCCAUCAGUGAUUUUUUGACCCUUCAUUCUAUCAUCAUUAGUCUGGUUGAAGCUGGCGCUCACACUGACAUGACAAACAAACAGAAUAAGACUCCACUAGACAAAAGUACAACUGGAGUGUCUGAAAUACUCCUUAAAACUCAAAUGAAGAUGAGUCUCAAGUGCCUGGCUGCCCGAGCAGUUCGGGCUAAUGACAUUAACUAUCAAGACCAGAUCCCCAGAACUCUGGAAGAGUUUGUUGGAUUUCAUUAAGUGACUGGAUAUGUAAAAUCGUUUAAUGUGGUGCUAAAAAGUAAAGGACUUUAAUCACA